AUGCAGGCCUUAACCGAAGAAGAAUUGCAGAAUUUAUAUGCAUGGAUUGAUACCAUUCCUCUAUCCCGUCCAAAGAGAAAUCUAACCCGUGAUUUUUCUGAUGGUGUCGCCGCCGCAGAAGUCGUGCACCACUUCUUCCCAAAACUAGUCGAACUGCACAACUAUUCUCCAGCAAACGCCCUCACCCAAAAACUAUACAACUGGAACACUCUAAACCAGAAAGUCCUACGCAAACUAGGCUACCUAGCAUCCGACGACGCAAUCCAGGGAAUCAUAAACAACAAACCGGGAUAUGCAGAAUGGAUUUUAAACGAACUACGAAGCAAAAUUGAGCUAUACGCUGCUCAACAGACCCGAACGAAAGGCGACCCAAACAUGGGAAUGAUGAUGGGGAUGCCUGGCAUGGUUGCCAAUGCUGGUGGGGGAUAUAUGAAUCCAAUGAUGGGUGGAGGUCCAGGUGGUCCAAUGUCGCCUCACUUCGUGUAUGCCUAUCCACCUGCUCUGCCCAUGCAGCAACAGAUACCACAGCAGCAGCCACAGCAGAUGCAAGCUCGACCAGCGAUGAGUAACUAUGGGUACCCACCACAACAGCAGCAGCACGUUAGUCCUGUUGCACAUCACGCUCCACCACCAAUGCCGCUAGCGCAUCCUCCUGCAUAUGGAAAUGCUAGAGGCCAUCCAGCAGCACCGGUUAAGUCGGAUGCAGUUGUUAUUGGUGAAUUGCAAGAUACUAUUCAGAUCCUGCAACUCAAAGUCCAAAAGAUGGAACAGCUACUGACCCUAAAAGACAAGAGGAUUGACGAUCUAACGAAUCGCCUAAGAUCCCAUGGAAUCCCAUCUUAA